UAAGAAAAGAAAAUUUAUUCUUACUCUUUUGUAAAAUGUCGCACGUAUUGAAAAACAUUCCCGAGUCACUUGUACGUUACGCAGCGCCAACACCCGUGAAAAAACCAAGGGACAAGGAGUUGAAUAAGCCUGAAGAAAAGCACGAUGUCCUUUACAGGGACAUCAAAGUUGGAGACGAAGUGCUGGACAUCCUGCUGCCCCCUCGUGUCUUCGUGGGUGACAAUCUUGACUAUUAUGUCCAGAAGGUUCAUCGGGCACCAGCAACUGAGAGAGAAAUCGAGAGGCUGCGGAUUGAACUGGACCGGAAGCUGUUCGAAAGAGGUGCUCGGAUGUCCGGCCCUUGCGUCAUCCGCAGGGAACUUCUCUCGCAGGCUUUGGAUGAACUAAUUCGAGAAGAGAGCAUCGCGUGCGCAGAGACGGGAAUCCUGAUGGCUGCGUGGCGGGACCACUGCGUGCGAACCCUCAAAGCCUAUGAGGACCUGUACGUCAGCAGACUGGCCCACGAGAAUCAAAAGUACUUGAAGUCAGCUCAGAGUAAAUGCGAUCUUCAGGAGCGACUGACCGUCCUGAAAUCUGAAAUUCACGACACUGGCGAGAAACUUAGGCGCGCCAGAGCGCGCCUCGAAUUCUCCAGCAAAGCGCGCGACGAGGCGGCCACGAAAGAGCGAAACAAAAACAACCAGAUUCUCGAAAACUUGACCGAAAGCACUGAAGAAGGAAUGAAAGCUCUGAAGGCGAAGCUGAAGGCAAUCAAGACUGGAGUUUGAGCCUCUCUGCGUUAUCUGCGUGGCAUCAUUCUCCACUUUUAUUCAUGCAACAAAAUAAUAUGAAUCAAACAGUCAACAACACUCCGUGUGUUUCGCAGUAGUUGCAAAUACGCAAACAAAACAAUUCAUCAAAUACAUACAAGAGCCAAACAUAGAUAAAGACGAUAGAUGGAAAAAGGAAAACAGUGAAACUUGCAUUUCAAAGCGAUGUUUAUUAUGAAAAUAAUUAUAAAUAAUACCAGGACUAAUUAAUUAUCAUUUAGCUCAUAUACAUGUUUUUUAUAAUUUUUUGGUAACAGCAAAUAAUGAGACAAGAAAUAUUUCGCCGUCAUUUUAAAAAUUUGAAACUAAACCAGCUUUCGAAAUAUAGUCUAAAUUUAGUCCUUUGCUCUACGAUUAACCAUACAAAUCUUACAAACCCCAAAACUAAUCCUUGCAGGAAAUUUUUUCCAAGACGAUAAAAACAACCCACCAAUUGAUUUGUUUUAUAGAGCAGUGCAUCCAAUCCAAAAUUAGGCUUGACCAAAAAAUGAAAUUUUUAAAAUCUAUGAUUUUUCCAAUAAAUCUAUU